UCGCUAUUGUCUCAGACGCUCGAAGUGACAGGAGCCACAUGCAGCAGUAGCGCUCAGGAAAAAGACGGAAUUCAAGUGAACUAAAGGUAUAGUCUGUGCAUCUCCAUGGUGUUUUGAUACAGAGCAGGAUGUGACAUCAGCAGUCUUCACGUCUUCUGCUCGUGCGGAUUGGGCAUGAGUGAGGAGCCCUGCCCUCAUUCGCCCAGCUGACCAAUCAGAAUGUUCGAGGUGAAGCCCAUGAGCGUGGAGAAGAAGGACACAGCUGCAGGAACAGAUGAGGGCAGUAAGGUGUGUGACGGGGCUGUCAGCAGCUGCGGAGGGGAUUCGCUGUAUCUUUACGAGGGUCAGGACUGGGUCAUCUCCCCCUCCUGCUCUCCAGAGGAACCCAGCGCCAUCUCAUCCAUGCUGGCCGAGGAAACCUUCCGCUACAUGAUCCUCAGUGCUGACCGGGUGGAGCAGAUGACCAAGACCUACAAUGACAUUGACGUGGUCACACACCUCCUGACUGAAAGGGAUCGCGACCUGGAAUUGGCCGCUCGGAUCGGUCAGUCUCUCCUACAGAGGAACCACGUGCUGCAGGAGCGAAACGAAUCUCUGGAGGAGCAGCUAGCGCAGGCCAUAGACCAGGUUCAUCAGCUUCAGCAUGAGUUGGCGAAGAAGGAUGAACUCCUCCGUAUGGUGGCGAGCGCCAGCGAGGAGAGCGAGACCGACUCCAGCUGCUCCACGCCGCUACGUCACCCCACGCCCGCAGGGGCCGCUCUCGCCCUCAGCCAGCUGGAGGCCCUGCAGUCCAAACUCCUGGAGCUCGAGGAGGAGAACCUGUCUCUGAGAUCAGAGGCCUGUCACCUGAAGACGGAGACCAUUACUUAUGAGGAGAAAGAACAGCAGCUGGUGAAAGACUGCGUUAAAGAGCUACGAGAGUCAAACAGUCAGAUGGUGUCACUGGCGGAUGAGCUCUCCCAGAAGAACGAGGAGUUAAUGAGACAUCAGGACGAGAUUACACAUCUCCUCUCACAGAUCGUAGAGCUCCAGCAACGAGUCAAAGAGUUGGCACUAGAGAAAGAAGAGCUGAGAAUUCACCUGCAAGCCUCAAAGGAAGCACAACGGCAGCUCACAGCAGAGCUGAAGGAGCUGUCAGACAGGAACGCCGAGUGUGUGGGAAUGUUGCACGAGUCUCAGGAGGAGAUUAAGGAGCUGCGCAGUAAGAACACGCCGUCUGCAGGCCUGCGCAGACACCUGUCGUACGGACUCUAUCCUAUGGAUUCUUUGGCAGCUGAGAUUGAAGGUAGUAUGAGAAGAGAGCUGAGUGUAGAAGAGGAAAUCACCUUUCAGGACCAGAGGUCGACCCAUAAGCGUGUGUUCCAGACGGUGCGGUCUGUCAAUCAGUCGGUGAUGAGAGCGGCUGUCGCAGUGCCUCCGAUCCCUGGCUCCGCCCGCAGCGGCGUGGUCAUGACCCCAGUGCCCUAUCAAUCACACACACCCAACACAGAGGAACAAGCUGGAGAUGUGGACACCACCAAAGAGAACUCUCGUCUGGGUCAGCCCGGCUCUCCCGGAGGAAAUUACCUUACGUCAGCCCUAAACUGCCUCUCCCUGCGGAGGCAGAACUUCCUGUGCGAGCGACAGUUCUUCCAGGUUGAGAGAGAGCGGAAGCUGCAGGAGCUGGCGGCUGCGGAGUCGGAAGGGGGCGGGAGCAGCUGCAGUUCACCAAUGGGAAGCACCGUCUCGUCUUUCACCAACCUAUCAGAGUUCUCCAUCUCCUCCAGCUGUUUCAAGACAUUUCUGCCUGAAAAACUGCAAAUUGUUAAACCAAUGGAAGGUUCUCUGACUCUUCAUCACUGGCAGCAGCUCGCUAAACCUCACCUGGCCACCAUUCUAGACCCCCAUCCGGGCGUAGUUACCAAAGGCUUCCGCCCUCUCCCUCAGGACAAUGUUUACCACCUGAAUGACCUCGAAGAGGACGAAGACCAGGAGAAACUACCAUGGGAACAUAAGAGAAAAGAGGAGGAGCCACAGGAUGCAAAGAUAAAAGAGGAGGAGGAGGAGGAGGAAGGAAUCACGUUUAAUGUGCGCUCAUCGUCAACUCCGGAAGAGAAGAGAGAGAGGAGGUGUAUCCAAAGUCCAGCUAAUGUCCCGCUCCUUCCUGCAUCCCUCAGGAAUUCCCCUGUGCCCAUAGCAACGGCCGUUUCCUUAGCAACAGCAGUUAACCUGACAGCCAGCGCUGCUCCUGCAGUUAGUUCUGGAAUCUCAGGAUCAGCGGCUCCACAGUUUGAGCUGAAUCUCGGAUCUAAAGCGCCAUCUACAGCUAUAAAUCCUGGGAAAUAUCAGAGCUCCACUUUUUCCACAUACACCUUCACUACCUGCCGGAUCCUGCAUCCUAGUGACAGCACACAGGUGACACCCAGCUCUGCCUGUAGUCCUUCUGUGAGUGAUUACACCCCAAGUUCUCUCCGGACCGGUCCCAGCACUCCAGUCACACCGUGUAGGUUGAGUCUGGGCGAUUCUUUCCCCAUUCGCCGCCCUGCAGCGCCCCCUAGUGGUCUCGCCAAGCUCCUGCUGGAGAAAGGCAUCUCUGCUCAGGGUCCCGCCGCUAUGGCGGCACCCAAAAGAGGAAACAUAGAUUUCUAA